UCCAUGGCUUUGGAAAAUGUGUUGCUCUCCGGGAACGAAAAUCCCGCUUGUAAACAGAGCGAAUUGUCGGUGCAGAGGUGUCGUUUUGUCGUGAAUUGGCCGCUGGCAGCCCGCAGUCUCUUGCUUUUGUGCUGGACCGGAGGGCAACUGAAUGAGCAGGAAGAUGCUGAACCCGGGAACAUGAAUACUCCAACCCGCUGGUCUAGCCAAGGGCAGCCUGGAGAAGGGUGCAUCCUCAAAGAAAGAGGAACUCGAAGCAGCGAGCAACGGAGAGGAGAAACCAGAUAGAGAGAAAGAAGUAGCAGCCAGACUGGCUUCUUCUUCCCCUCCAGCAGAGACCAUGCUAAACGGGACUGAAUGUUGACGACACGAGGCACAAGAGCCCCGACUCACGGCUCUGCAUUCAACAACAAGACUUUACCGCUGGUGAAUGAAAACGGCACGUUAGACAUGGAGCCACCGCACGCUUCUGUUACCGGAAGCAACGGAUUCAUUCUCACAAAGCAGCAGCAGGAAGGUGUCUCUUCAGCGACGCUGGGUUCGGGAGUUUCCCCCCACAGGACUAACUGGCUGCCUUCGGGCUCGCCGACAGGGGGAAACCGGGCCAAAUCUCCCCCGGCCUCGGACUCUGGGUGCACACAGACUUCAGGGGCACUAAGGACUGAUCCCAGUACAGGGACUACGUCAGGACCGGAGACACCAGACACUAAAAAUGACACAGCCUCCUUUCCGGCCCCGGCUCCCGUCACCAUACACAGAGCGCGCAAGACCAUGUCCAGACCGGCUGUCAGCCCGGCUCAAAAGCUUCUUAACAGGGAAUUAAGAGAAGCUCAGACUGCCAAAAUGGAGACUGAAGUUUCACCUGCUGCUCAGAAACCCCCUGUGCAGAACCAUCUACCUCAGAGUCCACCGGAUACACCAGCUUCAGCACAAACUGCUUCGUCAGCUUCACCAGCGCCUCCUGCAUCACCUCCAGCUCCUUCUGAUCCUUCGGCACCUGGAGAUUCUCCGGCUCCUGAAGCUCCCGCUCCACCUGCUGCUCCUGCGGCUCGUCCAGCUCCAGUCAAACUCCACCUAGGCCCUUUCUCAGGAGGCUUGUCGUCCCGUAAGAAGAAGCGGAGGAUGGGAAUGUACAGUCUGGUUCCCAAGAAGAAAACCAAAGUGCUUAAGCAGAGAACUAUGCUGGAAAUGUUUAAGGGAAUGGAACAGUCUGCAAAAAGCCUGCAGCCCUCUCCUGUCUCACAGAGUAAAGUUAUACCUAACAUAAACGGGGAGAAGGUGGAAAAUGCAUCUGAGGAGGAAGAGUCCGAGGAGGUGGAGUCUGAGGAAGAGGAGCGGCAGCAGCCAGCAGGAGAAGCUGCCGGUGCGGCCCAGGAGGAAACAUCCGAACCCUCUCAGGGGGGAGAUGAGCAGGAGUUUGAAGAGUCUGCAGAAGGAGAGGGAGAGGAGGAGGGCACAGAGUCAGACCUGAGCACAGAGUCCAGUCUGAAGAAGAAACUGAAAAAUAAGUUAAAGCGAGACGCUGCGUGGCUCAGGCCGGCCAGGAAACGGAAGAGGCGGAUAAAGGCCAAAGAAAUGGAGGCGGUGGAUCAGCUCCAAGCCUCCGCUCCGGCUCAGACUGACGAUGUGAAGGAGUGCACUCAGAUCUCCUCAUCCGACUCCCUCCCCCUCCAGCAGCCCCGAGAGGCAGCGGCUCCUGCUCAGAACAAAGAAGCUUCAGGGUCUGCGAUGGAGGAGGCUCAAGAGCUCCCUCUCUGCAGCUGCCGCAUGGAGACGCCUAAAAGUCGAGAGAUCCUCACGCUGGCCGACAGGAAGUGCAUGGCCACGGAGAGCGUGGACGGACAGCUGAGCCGCUGCCAGGGCGCCAUCCUGAAACACGAAAUGAUGCGCCCCUCCAACUCUGUGCAGCUGCUGGUGCUGUGCGAGGAUCACCGCAACGGCAUGGUGAAGCACCAGUGCUGCCCCGGCUGUGGCUUCUUCUGCAGGGCUGGGACCUUCAUGGAGUGCCAACCGGACCUCAGCAUCUCUCACCGUUUCCACCGCGCCUGCGCCUCCAUGCUGAAAGGUCAAAGCUUCUGUCCGCACUGCGGAGAGGAGGCCAGCAAGGCCAAGGAGGUGACCAUCGCCAAGGCCGACACCACCUCCACAGUCCCCCCCGCACUCACACACGGCCCUGCAACACCCGGGGCCCCCGAGGGCCGAGCAGACACCACCACUGGCAGCUCCUCUCGUCUGGCCGUGGGUUCUGAGGUCAGUGGCCGUGCCGACAGCUCGCUUCCCGCUCGUUUCUCACACGCCCUCGAAUCCCUGGCUGUUCCCAGCGCAGCGCAGGGCGAAGCGCUGCAGGAGGGGACCAUGCUGCCCCCUACAGUCCAGCAGGGGGCUCCCAGAGAGACUCUGGAGAGUAUCCUCGUGGCUCUAGAUACAGAGAAGCCUAAGAAGCUGCGUUUUCACCCCAAACAACUAUACCUCUCAGCCAAACAGGGAGAACUCAAGAAGGUGUUGCAUAUGUUGGUGGACGGUAUCGACCCAAACUUUAAGAUGGAGUCUCAGAACAAGCGCACCCCGCUCCACGCUGCAGCGGAGGGAGGCUUCAAAGACAUCUGCCACAUGCUCGUACAGGCCGGAGCGAACCUGGACAUGUGUGAUGAAGAUCAGCGGACGCCACUGAUGGAGGCCUGUGAGAACAACUUCAUAGAGGUGGUGCAGUACCUGCUGAGAGCCGGAGCCAGCGCCACUCACAAGGAUGUUGAAGGGUUCACAUGUUUCCACCUAGCGGCAAAGUCUGGUCAUUACAACAUCGUUGAGUACCUUCUGAACACCGGAGUGAUCAACAUCAACUGUCAGGAUGAUGGAGGUUGGACAGCCAUGAUCUGGGCGACAGAGUAUAAGCACGCGGACCAGGUGAAGCUGCUGCUGUGCAAAGGCGCCGACAUCAGCAUCAGGGACAAGGAGGAGAACAUCUGCCUGCACUGGGCAGCGUUCUCCGGCAGCGUGGAGAUCGCCGAGCUGCUCCUGAACGCUCGCUGUGACCUGCAGGUCGUCAACAUCCACGGAGACUCUCCUCUGCACAUCGCUGCUCGGGAGAACCGCUUAGAAUGUGUCACGCUGUUCCUGACUCACGGAGCAGAUGUGUUUCUGAAGAACCGCGAGGGAGAAACUCCUCCAGACUGCUGCAGCAACAACUCCAAAGCCUGGGCCGCGCUGCAGGCCAACCGGAAGGAGAGGGACUCCAAGAGCAGCACGCUCCACCGAGCGCAGGAGAAAGUGCUUCAGAGUGACAUAGCUCUGGGACAGGAGAGAAUUCCCCUCCCGUGUGUCAACUCUGUGGACAGUGAGCCUCACCCAGACGACUACAAAUACAUCCCCGAAAACUGCGUCACCUCGCCCAUGAACAUCGACCGUAACAUAACGCACCUACAGUACUGUGUUUGUAAAGAAGACUGUUCAACGAGUAUCUGCAUGUGUGGACAGCUCAGCCUGCGCUGCUGGUACGACAAGAAGGGUCGUCUGCUCCCUGAGUUCUGCCGGGAGGAGCCUCCUCUCAUCUUUGAGUGUAACCACGCCUGCUCCUGCUGGAGGACCUGCAAGAACCGCGUCGUGCAAAAUGGAAUCAGGACCAGGCUGCAGCUCUUCAGGACCAGUAAGAAGGGCUGGGGUGUGCGUGCGCUACAUGACAUACCACAGGGGACCUUUGUAUGCGAGUACGUGGGGGAGAUCAUCUCCGAGGCAGAGGCCGAGAUGAGGCAGAACGACACGUACCUGUUCAGCCUGGACGAUAAGCCACAAGAUCAAUACUGCAUCGACGCUCGUUUCUAUGGCAACAUCAGCCGCUUCCUCAAUCACAUGUGCGAGCCCAACCUGUUCGCCUGCCGAGUUUUCACGAAGCACCAGGACCUCCGUUUCCCACACAUUGCCUUCUUCGCCAGUGAGAACAUCAAGGCUGGAGAGGAGCUGGGAUUUAACUAUGGCGACCACUUCUGGGAAGUAAAGAGCAAGCUGUUCAGCUGUGAGUGCAGCUCUGCCAAGUGCAAGUUCUCGUCGGCGGCCCUGGCGUCGCUGCAGGCGGACAGCACACCAGAGGAGCAGCAGCCCAGCGCUCUGCCCGACACCAGCUCCUCCAACACCCCCUCCUAAAGCCCCCCCCCCCCCCCCACACACUACACGUACCCACGACUGACGGACACAUCCUCUUUGAACUUUUAUCAGUCGACUUGUACUGUCUCUCUACUUCUGAUUGAAACCGUGGACCUUUGCGAGAACACGUUAAACGUUGUCACACACAACCAGACGCACAAUCAAAACCUGAAGGAACUUCCUGCUCCUUUAUUUGGUCACAGGAACAGCAGGGGGCAGCAAAUGUCACAGCGACAAUAAAACAGUCUUUACAGAACUUUACUCGGAGGGAGAACCGUGCAUUUUGACUUUUUUUUAAGAUGAUUGAAAUUGUUAAAAGGCUUUUCUUAUUGAGUUAAGAUCAAGGGACUUUGGGUGGGGGGUACAAUUGCCUGUUGCAGAGACGACCUCAGCAUACAGCUGGGCUUUUUUUGACCGUUGCGGUCGUUUAUCAUGAACCAUUCCAGCAAGAUAACUGAUAAAUAUUUAAUUUUGUUGCCACUUCUUUGUGUCACUUCAUCUUUGUUGCAGUGUUUGAACAGAAACGUCCGACAUUUGCCACCAUAAUUAAUUAUGAGUUAAGAAAUAAUUUGGAAAGCAAAAGACAUGGUGCAAAGUAGUGGACAUUUUGUAUCUGCGGUCGUUAGUCUGAAUAAAUUGGCUGUCCUUUUUCAUUAAGCAUGUUUAAGGGGAUCUUAACGUGUCGUAGGAAUUUAUAAAACUGAAAUGGAGGGUUUAAAAAACAAAGGAAAAUGGUGCUGACAAAGGUUUUUACUUUUGUUUUAAUUUGUAUUACCCUCGUGAACAUAGUUUGUAAGAUAAGAGAACGUUUUACAUUUUUUAUGUUUAAUUUUAACUCCACUUUUCUAAGCGUAGUAACUGUAGUUAGGCUAUUUUUAAUUUAGUUUCAUGAUUUUGCAGACCGAAGCGAACCCGUCUUUUUAAAUGUUGUUAGUAAAGCAGUGACUGUUGUGCAAAGUCUUGAAAGGAAUAAAUAAAUGAAAAAAAAAGCUAUAAAAAUGCACUUCAUAACUUUCUGUUACAUAUUUCUGGACCGUGAAUCAUCCAUCUUAAUGGUUGUAUCUUUUUCAAUAAAUUUACUACUAAUGCAUUUAUUCUGA